GUGGUCAAGCUACACAUAUUAAAGAGUGGAAGAGAUCCAGAUAUAUAACGUAUAGUGAGCUAAGUAGUAAAUCAGAAGAGUUUUGUUAUUAUGAAUGUCAUCUAAUAUCGUCUGUAUAUGAACUGGCAGAGUGUAUGACAUCUGGAUCAACUAUAUAUGUCUUAACUGGCCGAGUGAAUGUCACCCACCUAUUAUCAACUAUGUAUGUCUUAACUGGCCAAGGAGAAGAGAAGUCUGUCAAUAUGACACCGCUGGAGUAUGGCGCUUUUUGAAGAUGGAAAUAGUGUCCGGCCUGGUGUCUUACACAGUAGCCAAAGUUCUACAACUCUCCGGAUUUUCUGAACGAGAGAAUGCGCAGAAAAACAAAAAAAUGGAAGAAAAGGCAUUAGAAGUUUACGAUGUCAUUCGCACAAUCCGUGACCCGGAGAAGCCCAACACUUUAGAAGAGCUGGACGUGGUGUCAGAGAAGUGCGUGGAGGUCCAGGAAAUAGGCGAAGAGGAAUACCUCAUCAUCAUCAGAUUUUGCCCCACAGUGCCCCACUGCUCUUUGGCGACUCUGAUCGGUCUUUGCUUGCAAGUAAAGCUACAGCGAUGUUUGCCAUUCAAACACAAGCUGGAAAUUUACAUUUCUGAAGGAACACAUUCUACGGAGGAAGAUAUCAACAAGCAGAUCAAUGAUAAGGAAAGAGUGGCAGCAGCGAUGGAGAACCCGAACCUGCGAGAGAUCGUGGAGCAGUGCGUGAUCGAGCCAGAUGACUAGAGAGGCACCCUUCUCUGGAUCUCGGGACUAGGGCUGGGCUUGCAUCAGGAGCUGCCUGUUCCCUUCAUUUAACAAACAUUUCCUAUUUAGUUAAGUUUAUGUAUCCAGGGAUAUAUCAUAUUAUUGGAUUUGAAAUGAAAGAAAGAUUGGGCUGGCAGAGCCUUAAGCACACAUUCAGUCCAAAGAUGGAACUGAUCCACUUCCUAGACCUCAAGAACCCCACAGCUGUGCUACUGGAGGAACACGGGGAGCAACAUCAUAUUUCCAGUGGCUGUGCUGUUUGCCUUUCGUGCCACGACAGUUGCAGUGGGAGAUUUUCGGCUCCCAAUCUAAACAGGAAAACAGACAGGUAAUCUGAGCAGUGUCAGACAAUCAUAGGAGCGUGGCUGAACAUAUUCAAUCAUCACAAAUGGAAAUGGCUGCCUUGCAGGAAGUGAUUAUUCCUUUUAUGAUGUUUAGGAUAUUGCAAUUCCAUGUAGCAGCUGUAGACAGCAGAUUUCUGACCUUGCUCUAAUAUUGGAAUUCCAGCUGUGUUCCAGAAGUGUCAAGGGACCAUAGCAACAGCUGUAUUCACCUUCAAGAGAUGUUCCUAAACUGCUUUUAGAGGCUGUCAUGGAAAAAGCAAGGAGGAAUCAGGACAUGGGAACGGAGAUAUCUCUUUUACAGUCUUCAGAUAACCAGAAUUAAGUGAUCGACCUUUUCAUGGAUUUUAAAUUAUCCGCUGGAGAAUCUUAGAAACCAUCUAUACAGAAAAUAGCAGUAGCUAUUAAGGGUCCUGUCAUUUUUGCUUUUAAACCACUAUUUUGUUGGUGGAAAAUCACAGAGCUGUUUGCCAUCUCCUGAUGUUAGAAUUCGCUGUUGUACUUUAAUAUUGGACACAAAUAUUUAGAGAAAAUCUAUGUGCAUAAGGAUUUUACAGUUAAUAAGAAUACUACUAUGUUUUGGUGAAUGAGGAAUCGCAUAUAGUUUGUGCUUCUGCAAAACAAUGAAUAAUUUGGAUCAUAUUUAUUUGUUUCCUGAUAAUUUAGCUUGAAUGUGAUGUUUAUUGUAUACAGUUUUUCUCUGCCUGUGUAAAACUGCAUUUCUAAAAUGGUUCUAACAAUAUACAAAUGUAUAAAGAUGCUCAACAUAAAAUAAAUUACAGAGCAGCGUCAAGUUUAUUUUUCUUAGGAGUUUAGAUCUAUAAAAAUGUUUCUAUAUUAGGAUUCAGGACACAUUGUUUACCGCAGUGUAACCUUUGAAUGACAAAAAUGAGGAAUUGAUCUGAUGAAAUAAAAUGAUGAUGCAAAGACCUUUGACCAUGA